CAACAUCUCUUGUUAUGCUCGUCAGCUAUCGUGGUUCUAAAAUCGCAUACUCUUACAACGUUCCGCCUGCUUACAUCUCUCCCCAAUUCCGUCUGCAUCUAACCAACAAAGGGACCUCCUCUGUUAAUUUGUUCACUUUUUUGAUCGAAUUGAUCUGAUUUUCAGUUUUGAUUCCCACUAGGAACACGAACUUGACGUGUUUAAAACGAACUGUCGGUAUUUUGGUUGCUUCUUGCUGAGCUGCAAGGGGCCACAUCGCUACUGUUUCUCUCGCAUUGCUUGUAUUUUGACUGAUUGAACUUAUCAACACCUAUCCGUAUAUAGGAAGUUCUGCUCGAGAUCAUAAUGAGUAGUUGGCUUACGGUCGCCAUAGCAACUGUGACAUGCCUUUUGCUUUCGCCAAUCACGUGCCUGCCUCUUCAUGACGUAGCCGACGGUAAGGAAAGGCGGGAACUCCUGCACAGCACGUGGUUAGACCCGUCCGGUUCAACAGGUCAAGGCACGGAGGAAUUGGCCGAGACGAGCAAGCGACUACUUGGGGAUAACAACAGGGACUCGGGCAUUCUUGACCUCCUUGUAGCACUGCGAGACACAAACACAAACCCGAGAGAUCUUUAUCUUCACGGCAACACAGAGACAGCUCGUAAACGAAGACAAUCCAAGGUGGAUGACUACGGCCAUGGUCUAUUCUGGGGCAAGAGAGGAUCCAACUGGUCAGACCACGGGGUACGAGCAAUGACAGAUAAGGACACCAAGAGGGGCGGUGAUGAUCAAUAUGGCUUUGGCUUAUUUUUUGGCAAGCGAAAUGAAGAAGACUACGAAGACUUUACGUUGUAGAUUGUUUAGCAAAUAAGGAUACUUAAAAGCUCUAAAGAAUUUGGCAAAGUAAUGUUUUGUAAAUAGGCAUAGUCUUUAUGAUAAGUUAACGCAAUAUCAAACUAAUAUAACUCGACACUUCGUUGGGGGUUAAGUCUCAAUAGAGUGUCCAACUAUCGGCCAAAUACAAUUGUGCAAAAAACGUCUCGAAAUCAUUUACAAAUAAUUCACACAAACCAUGGGUACUUGGUAAUUGUGUAAUGCGUUUGAACGUGCGAUGUAUCGAGUUAAUUAGACUGAUAAAUACGGAUAAAUCAUGUAAAGCCAGUACAGCUCACACUGCAAAUUACAACAUUAGCUUUAGUUUAAGUUUAAAGAUUGACUUGUCAUGUUCCGAGCAAAGGUUGCCAUCAUUUGAUUUUUUUUAAUUUGAUAGGAAUCAUUGUUCAAAUGACGUUUACCGCAAUUGGUAUUACACCUCUCUUUCUGAACUACAUGACAGGAUCAAAAUGACAGUUUAGCAGAAGUAUUUUGUGUUAUGCGGUUUUAUAAAUAUAAACCCCAUGUUUAAGAAACCUUGUAUUUUAGAACGCAAGCAGUUGUUGACGCCUUUUGGAAGUCUUGCAAUCUGUAAAUGUAUGUGGGUACCAUUGAAGCUAUAUGCCAUCUCAAUCACUGCUUCUCUAUCAUGCCAUCUCAAUCACUGCUUCUCUAUCAUGCCAUCUCAAUCACUGCUUCUCUAUCAUAACCUUUUUGGAAAAACACACAUUUUAUAGGCAAAAUAGUAAAGUUAUGAGUUAACCACAACGUUGCGUUGCAAAUCGGAGCGCUUUCAAUCCGUCGAUGUUUUAUUGGUUUGAACUGACUGUUGUUUCUCAAUAAUAACAAAUCUGUGCAACUACUGUGGAUUUCGUUGCGUCAUUCUGAAUAUUGUUUCUUUUGUUUAAACUCCAAUGUUGACAAACUUAACGUUAAUCCAUUGUAAAUUAUUUUAUGCAUAACCGUCUUUUGAGUCAACUUCGUAAGCCCGAUGUUUUAUUUUUGUUAAGUGUAUAUACCUUGAACAUGAACUAGCAGAAAAGAGUUACUUAGCACGAUUUGCAGAUUUGAAUCAUGUAGGAAGUAUAACACAUUUAUAUAGUUCUCAACAAUGCUUUACUAAUCUAUCUAAGGAAAGUUGCCGUUCUGAAAAGAAGCAGGCUUGAGAUGGAGGUAUUUCGUUUCCUACUCACAACCUCUCCUUCUUGUUGUACAGAUUAAUAUAACAUAGUUGUCAACCUACAUUAUUAAACCGAUCGUGUAAUUUGAUUGGCGGAACACGCGUCACGUGUCAUACUUUACAGUAUUUUGCCAAGUAAACUGCUCCAACACUUUAUAUUUAUUUAGAAGAGUUCUAUAUUAUUAAAUAUUGUACGCUUUUGACGUUUCGUAACUUCGCUUUGAGAUUUACAUUGAGAAUCGUUUGCAUUGAUUGCGCUCCAGGACAGGUUAGGCUAUGGACGCCGAACGUGCUUUAAAUAGCAUACUUGUUUAUACACAGCUUUAUCGAUCAUUUCAUACAGUAAUGUCGAAAUAGGUCAUAUAGUGUUCAAAACAGUGAAUUGAAUUUAUAAAUAAUGUCAAUUGACAAGGAUUUAUCCAUGGGCACUCACAUAUAUACUGCAUUUUAUUCAUAAUAAAGCAGAUCACAAUCCCUAGUUGAAAUCUGAACUGUUUUAUUUAACUUGAGCUCGUGAUUCUUAUAUGACACUCUUUAUGCAUCACACAAUAUUUGUAUCGUAGCCCCUGACGCAAAUGAAUACAAGUGUCUUAUGUAUUAUGCAAAUUAUAGUUGAGUUGUUAUCCAAAGAUAAGUUAACAUUAUUUUGUCCUAUAUCAUUAGCGCUAAAAUGUAACAUUUACUUUGAAGUGAUAAAACGUGUCUCUAUUCCUUUCUGACUGAGCACUUGGGUAGAUACAGUGCGCUUAAAUUUCAACGUGCUGACUAUGACAUUAAACAAUAACGACUUGCUUAAAUUAAGUUUUCAGGUGAUAAAUGCAUCACCAAAUGUUGGAUAUCAUUACAAAGUCUAUUAAAUUCCGAAACCCUAAAUGUCAAUUUUUGUGAACAAAUUAGUUCCAAAAGUUGUAACAGACCAGGUUUGCCAUUGUGGCAACAGUUGUCCACUUUUACGGAUACAGUGGUCAUUGUGUUGUUUACUAAAAUGUUUGAAGUCUCGAAGCAAAAGCUGGAAUAAAAAAGUUUAAAAAACGAUUCAUAAAAAACAUUUAUACUGUAUAUUUAUUCAUUUUAACUGUUUUGUUGCGUUGAAGCUAAGUGUGUUGCUUAUCAAUUGAAAACAGUAACAGUACAAUGAAACAUCCAGCAAACCAAAAAUCGACAGUAAACCAAAAAUCGAAACAAACGAGCAAACAAACAAACAAUGAAAAAAACAAAAUCAAGUCUAAGGCAAAAGUUUUCAAUCAAAUUAACGAAGGUGAUAUGGCCUAAAUUAAGUAAGCGAUUUUAACGAACAUUGAAAACGAACUUUACUCUUCCUAACUUCAAAUCGAAACUAACCAAUAAGAACAAUAAAUUAUAACAUAAUAUCCCUUAAAUUUACUGGACACAACCAUUUACUAGUAAAGACACUGGACGCUUUUGGUAAUUGUCAAAGACCAGUCUUCUCACUUGGUGUAUCUGAACAUAUGCAUAAAAUAACAAACCUGCGAAAAUGAUUGAUCGUCAACCUGUGAUUGAUCGUCAAAGAUGCGAGAUAA